CAUCAGCAUCAGAAACAAGCCCAGUUCACACUACCACAACAAACACUUGUUACAGGGUUUGGCUGGGUCAGUGUGGUCAGCCUUUGGCAUAUCUAGGUCAUGUGAGAGCCACCAUUUAUUAUUAUAUAUAAUUUUUUUAAUUAAUAGCUAUUUCAAGGUAAACAUGUUCAAGAAGACAUCUGUUUCCACACAACAACAGUUUGUUACGGUGCUAGAGCAGAAAUAGGCUACAUCCAUUCAGGGCUGCUUUCCACUCCACUUUUAGACACGCACUUGUAAACUUCACUCAGCACGUCCCCUCGGGGGAAUCCCCGCUGCAAUUUUGAAGCGUCUUUCUCAGACGCGCCUUGACCCCUCGAUUUUGACCGAAGGAACGAGUCGGCUUCAUAUGCACAUUUGAGGCCACUACAUAGACCACAAUGCAACACGAUUGUGACGUUAUCUUAGCUCGCUUUAAUGUAUCCCCACCCCAAACAACUCUAUAAUAUAUGAAUGUUUUUUUUAAACAUGUAUAACAACCCAAACAUACAUAUAUACAUACAGAAUGCUGCACUGAACAAAUUCAUAAGGGGGAAAUGUAAACAAUAAACCAACUCUGAUUUGGGGAGUUUCGACUGCUAACGUUAGCCUACUUGUGCAAUAAAAGAAAAAGAGCACACGGGACUUUUGUUGUGCAGCAAAUUAAACACAAAUCCGUGUGCAUUAAAACAACGUCAUCGUUCUGUACGAUCUUUUUAAUCAUGAAACGCGGACUGUUCUACAUAAUUGGGGUCACAGCUGGGGCAGCUGGUGCGGUUGCACUGGCCCCGGUGGCACUCACCAUGGCUGGAUUCACCUCUGCUGGUAUAGCAGCAGGUUCUCUGGGUGCCAGCAUGAUGUCAUCAGCAGCCAUCGCCAACGGUGGCGGUGUGGCUGCGGGAAGUUUGGUCGCUCUCCUCCAGUCUGCAGGUGCUGCUGGACUGUCUGCAGGUGCGACGGCAGUCGUGGCAUCUGUGGGUGGAGCAGCAGGUGCUGUGAUAGGCGGAGCUGCAGAUUUGUUCUCUCGUUUCAAGAGUCCACCUUCACUUGAGGAGGAAGACGAUGGAAAUGAAGAAGGAGAAGAGACAGAGAUGGAUUUUUUGGAGUCCAAAAUGCUUAUACCAAAAUAAGGACUUCUCUUAAUAACUGAUAACAAUGUAUUUGUUUGAGCACUUUGUAUUUGUGUGCAUGUCAAUGCUUUAUGCUUGUGCAAUUAAAAUGUGCAUGUACUGUGAUUGAAGAUAACUUUUUUUUAUUAAUCAAUUAAAAUAUUUAGCGUUUUGACAAAUUCCAAGGUAUCACCUUUCAGUAUUAGUGCAAGAAACUGUAAUUAAAAGAAUGUCCUUGAAUAUCAUACUUAAAUCUUUACAACAGAAUUUGGAUUUGUCUUUGGCUAUAUUAGAAGUUGGCUUUACUGAUUCUGUUACAUUAAAACCACUUUGAAACAA